CGUCUCAACAUCCUGGAGGCUGAUUUCAACCCUAAAGUUCUGCUGCACAGAUUAGAUGUUAAGCAGAUGCUGAAGGUUGAAGAAGAAGCUCCUGUAAACCACAGACCUUUUGCUGACCUACAUGACCCAAAGAUCCACCACAUAAAGGAGGAACAGGAGGAGGUCUACACCAGUCUGGGGGGAGAGCAGCUCAAUGGGAAGGAGGAGAUUGAUGCCAUCAGGUUUCCAGUCACUGCUACUCUCAUAAAGAGUGAGGAUGAUAAACAGUCCCCUCUACUCUCACAGCUUUAUCAAGACCAAAUUAUAGGUAGAGCGCUUCCAGAAGAUAUUGAUGGAGAAGAAUCCAUCAAGAUACAAGAUCAUGGAGAUGGUUCCAUUUCCUCAGAAACUGAAGACACUGAGAAGGAUGAAAAGGCCGAUGAUGUAAGGCACCCCGUCUCUGAGCUCAAACACUUGUCAGACUCUGGACAGAAAUCUAAGGACAUGGACAAUGACUGGAAGGACAGCAGAGCUCCUGAGUCAGAUGGAAACAUUAACAAACCUUUUAGCUCGGCUGAGUUUGCUGAACAAUUUGUUCACCGUGGCUUUCUUCAGAAAGACAUGAUUUCAGAAAUAGGAUCCUUAAGCUCGCUGGAUUUGAAGAGAUGUUUCACAGAGAAGAAAAAUGUGGAAUCGUCUAUGAAAGUCCAGACAGGAGUGAAGUUUAGCUGUGAAGACUGUGGUAAAACCUUUAUUGGAAAAUGCACUUUAAACAUACAUAAGAGAAUCCACACUGGAGAGAGACCGUUCUGUUGUGAUCUAUGUGGACAAAGAUUUAACCAAAAAACUAAUUUAAAAACACACAUGAGAAUCCACACUGGACAGAAACCUUUCUGUUGUGAUCUAUGUGGACAAAGAUUUAAGCAAAACGGCCAUUUAAACACACACUUGAGAAUCCACACUGGACAGAAAUCUUUCUGUUGUGAUCUAUGUGGAAAAAGAUUUAACCAAAAAGGAAGUUUAAACAAACACAUGAGAAUCCACACUGGACAGAAACCUUUCUGUUGUGAUCUAUGUGGACAAACAUUUAACAGAAAACAUCAUUUAAACACACACAUCAGAAUCCACACUGGUCAGAAACCUUUCUGUUGUGAUCUAUGUGGACAAAGAUUUACUGAAAAAGGAAGUUUAAACAGACACAUGAGAAUCCACACUGGACAGAAACCUUUCUGUUGUGAUCUAUGUGGACAAAGAUUUAACCAAAAAGAAAGUUUAAACACACACAUGAGAAUCCACACUGGACAGAAACCUUUCUGUUGUGAUCUAUGUGGACAAAGAUUUAACAGAAAACAUCAUUUAAACAGACACAUGAGAAUCCACACUGGACAGAAACCUUUCUGUUGUGAUUUAUGUGGACAAAGAUUUAGCCAAAAAGGAAAUUUAAAGAAACACAUGGAAAUCCACACUAGAGAGGAAAGUGGUUAAGGUUUAAAUGCUCAAACAGAUUACGGUCGCUGCAAAAUGUUUUGAUGUGAAGUGCAAGGCCUGCGGUGGGAAUACAUCUAAUCUGAGGAAACACCUAGUUAAGCACCAGAUUUUUGUCAACGCUGAAGGGUGCCCAAUUUUUGUCAGCCUCAGAUAUAUGGCUAGAACUCCUUCAUUCAGCACCGCUAACACGCCUGCUAAUGGAUGCAAUUUGUGCAAUAAAUUUGUGCCUUAUUAAGAAAACAAAAACUGCGUAGUUAAGGGUUUUCAUCUUGAAAUGUUUGAAACACCUGAGAUGUUACAAUACCAACAGCUGGAUGUUGUUUUGAUAUAUUCAAUAAAGUUUAUAUAUAGAAUAAUACAUACACUACUGGUCAAAAGUUUUAGAUAUACUUUCUCACUUAAUGGGUUUCUUUAUUUUUCAUGACUAUAUAAAUUGUAGAUUCUCACCAAAAGCAACAGCACUUUGAAGGAACACAUAUAGAGUUAUAUAGUAAACAAAAAAUGGGAAAUAACUAAACAUUUUUAUAUUUUAGGUUACAGCUUUAUUUUAGAUUUACAGCUUCUAUAAAAGCUAUAAUUUGUCUAUAUUAGAUUCUUCCAAAUAGCCUCCCUUUGCUGUGAUUACUGCUUUUCUCUCGUAACAUUCUCUCCAUGAGCUUCAUGAGGUGGUCACCUGAAAUGGUUUUCCAAAGAGUCUUGAAAGAACUUACCAGA